AUGUCUACAGCGCCACCAAAACCCUGGGAGAAUGGAAACGUCAACACAGAUAUCCAGCCGCAGCCGCAGCCACAGCCACAGGACUCAACACAGCCAGCUAUCCCUCCAAGACCAUCCAACCUCUCAAAUAUCAAUCCGAUGUAUGAUAACCCCUAUAAUCAAAUCCAGCAGCCAUUCACUGGCGGUGGUAUGAAUGGAGGUAUAGGCGCUGGCGUUGGCAGUGGAAUGUACGGCGACUCCUUCGGUGGAGGUUACGGCUCAUACGGCAAUAGGUUCGGUGGACCGUAUUCACGCUUCGGUAAUGGCAUGGCUGGUAUCGGUGGCUUCGGCGGCUAUAACUCUGGCUAUAACGCUGGCUUCGGCGGGCUUGGCUAUAGACCGAUGGCGUAUGGUGAGCCGAACAGCGUCGGACAGCGAAUGGAAUCGGGAACGCAAGCAACGUUUCAACUGCUUGAAAGCAUAGUUGGAACUUUCGGUGGAUUUGCUCAGAUGCUCGAAUCAACAUUUAUGGCAACACAUUCGUCAUUCUAUGCUAUGCUCGGAGUGGCAGAGCAAUUCGGGCAUUUAAAAGGAUACCUGGCACAAAUUCUAUCCGCUUUUAACGUUCUGCGAUGGAUAAAAUUGAUGAUCGCCAAAGCACGCGGAAGGAAAUUACCCGAAAGGGCAAGAGAUGUUCAGAACAAACCAAAGAAGAAACCAUUAGUAAUAUUUCUCCUCGCCGUGAUUGGUGUGCCAUAUAUUAUGGCAAAGCUUGUCAAGAUGGCAUCACAAUCUCAGAUUAAUCAGCACCUCUUAAUCGGCUCAAAUGGGGAGAGGAUCGAUCCGUCGAAUUUGACGUUUGUGCGUUGCAAGUAUGCAUACACACCACCAGAGGACAGGAAAGGCACAGAAAUUGAAAUCAAAGUGGGUGAUAUAGUUGCCGUCAUAAACAGAUCGGGAGAGUGGAUACAAGGCCGCACGCGAGAUGGAAGAUUCGGCUGGAUACCUAAUAACUUUGUAGACAGCAUUGAGAAAUGA